AUGACAAUGGACCUGCGAUCGCUCACCUACGAGCCUGUGAUCGAGAAACUCAACACUCUCGAUCAGAACUUACCGCCAGUUCGGAAGCGUAAGCGCGCGUUUGGCAAGCCAUUGUCGGACCUUGGCUUGCUCGCAUCGAUGCCUCCGGAGCUCAUCCAAGCGACUCUUACUCAGCUUGAUCUCCAGUCCCUCGCCAAUCUUCGAAUGGUCAAUCGGCAAGCCUCAUCAACAGUCGAUAGUGUCCCUAUGUUACGUGCAAUUGUCAAGCACGCGCCCCAUGCAUUGCGUGGUGCAUUGAAGAUCGAGACGGCUCAAUACAUUAACUGCGAGACACUCCACAGAACGUUGCAUACAACUGAGUGCAAAACAUGUGGAGACUUCGGUACCUAUAUCUAUCUACUCACCUGCGAGAGAGUGUGCUUUUCAUGUCUCGUUUACAAUCGAAACUAUCUACCUUGCGAUUUCACCACACCAAAGAAGUUUGAAGCCCUCAGGGAAUCAUUGCUAGACCUACCACACAUGAUAAGUCUGCCGGGGAUAUACUCGCCAAGAAAGGAGAGGUGUCGCAAGCGUCUUCUUUGGGAUCGUCGGAGCAUUCUUCGCGAUGCGUCUGAUUCUAUAAAGGCCCAACUUGAGAAAAUCGAAGGCCCAUACUACACUGGAGUAUAUGCUGACAAGACACGCUGUAUGGCAGUUGUUGAGAUCCUAUCCUUGGAUGCAAAGACUGGACUUGUGAUUGAAGGCUUCCAUUGCCUUGCUUGUCGAGACUCUCGUUCGUACGGUUGGAAUGGGCAGCGCUUCAAUCCCAGACGCGCAUUCUGGUCCCACUCUUUCGAAGCUCACCUGGUCGAGAACGGUCCGAUCGUUGAAGGUCGACAUGAAGCGACGAAUGCAAGACAGUACCAGGCCAGGUAUCGUAUGACACUGGCUUGGAACCCAUUUUGGGACCAGAGCACGUAGUAGAAUACUCUACUUACUGUCACUGUAACCCAUGGGCGAAGUGGACAGAGCGACCAUUCAAUUCGGCGUAGACGAUUCGGAGACAGUGCUAGCCCAAUCGCACUCCGUCAACAUCGAUGCCCUCGCAUCACCUCCAUUUCCGCUGCUCAUCCUGCGUCCCCUCGCAACUUCCAAACCCCUCGCGUUCAACCGGUACGCUCCACUGGACGGUGCAUCUCAGCUUUGCCAGGCUUGAUCAUGUGCUGAAUACACAUGUGCAAGGAAGGUGGCAUCUGUUCUUUGUUGAUUGAAUCACACUUGACGUUGCUGCCGUGGCGCUCUGCGCUUUGGAUGUACUGCCCUUCUCUCUUGCAGCCACAUGUGUAGUUAUGCAUCAACAGGGUACACAUUG